AUGGGACGCCUCAAUGGCUUAGUAGGAGGAUUUGUCCUCACCACCUCGGUGAUGUAUUUGACUAUCCGCCAGCACCAGGAACAGACAAAACUAUCCUCGCAGUUACUACGAGACUCCAACGGGAUACUCAAUGCAAUACUAGAGCCUCCACCGCCGCCUAAACCUCGGACUACAUACGUUGAAACGAGGUCCAAUAUCCUAGAAACUAUGAAGGACAACUGGAAUUCAGAGAUCGAAGGAGUGGUUAGGUGGGUGCAAAACGCCAACCCGACUAGUAUCUUCAAUAGCAUUGAGGAUAUGGCUAGAAGCACCUUCUCUGAGCUAAAGCAGCUUGGCGGGGGCUCAGAGGGCCCUGGGAAAUGA